GGGUUCUUGUUGUCCUGUUCACAAAGACUUAGCCACCAUCUGGCCUGCUAGUCCAAAAGUGUGUUGCUCUCAGUUGCUAAUUACCAUUGCCUUAAGGAGUAUCAUUUUGUAUCAAUUUCUCUGGAGUAAAGUGUCAAAUCUGAGUCUUCUUACUGGGCUGUAGAGAUAGUCUUCAGCAUGGGAUUUUAAUAUCAAGUUUUUAUUGUAUUGACCACGUCUGAAAUCGUGUCAUUCAAUAUCGCCCAGUCAUGUCCUGACGUCUGGGACAUCUCGUCAUCCAGUGUCCAAUAUUACAUCUGUGACAGCCACCCUGUACCCCCCUUCCCCUCACUCGCCAACUGGUGCUAACACGGUAGCCACUUGAAGAGAGAGAGAUUUGAAGAUCUUGAUGAAGGUACUCUAAGACGUGAAAAUGUAUAGCAAGUUCAGGAAUAGAUUUAUCUCUGUCAUACUUGUAUUAGCAGGUAUAUGCAGCUAUUCACAUGGUAACGGAACUGUAUUUACAAACUUGGAGGAACCAAUAUUUGGAAUUACGGACACAGUAAAAUUUGGUUCCGAAGAUGGUUCUGGAGAGGGAGAGAUAACAGGUUCGGAAGACCAGGGGACAGCACUGCCUCACUUGGUUGUAGCAGACGGCAAUGGCCACCCUUGUCUACUGGCUACACUGAAUGCUACCUUGCAGGUUUACUACCGUGUUCCAGAAGUUAUUGUCCACGAGACUUACAUAGCGUUUGCAGACAUUCAACUUCCUGUCGAUGUCUCUGCCCAAGGAGUUUGUGCCCCUGAUGCUUCCAGCUUAUUGUUGGACUGGGGAAAUGCAACUUUCUAUGUCAACAUGACAUUUACACGAAAGGAGUCCGAAAUCAAGGGCGAGAACUCCACCUGGUCACUAACGUCUAUUUCCGUGACCUAUAACCUUUCAAAUACCGACAUUUUCAAAGCCUCAACUACAAAAGAGACUGUGACGGUGGACAGGCAGCGCUUGUCUCUGUUUGGAACCCAGGUGGGCAACACUCACGCGUGUGACCAGGACAUCGACGUCCAACUGGGCAGCAUAGAUCGAGGAGUCAAGCUCACCUUCCACAAUGUCAACAUCGCCGCUUUCGGGGUGACGUCACGGAAGUAUCCCGAAGGUAUAGAUUAUUGUUUAAAGACUGACCACUACGGUCCAGGCGAGGAGAUACUUGUGCCACUAAUUGUCGCCUCCAUUCUCAGUUUCUUUGCGGUCAGUAUUGUUAUAGGUUACGUCAUUACAAGGAAGGUCAUCAGGAUCAAGGAACAGAACUCAUACAAACAGAUGGCAUAAAGAAAAACAAUAGUCAAGAACCAUAACUUAAGUGUAUGCACUAGAUCUAAGAUCUAAUGGCCAUUACUGUAUUCAUUAUUUUGUUUUCAUAUUUAUUUUUAUAAAUACAUGAACAUUUUUUUUAUAUCUUUAUGUCCAAUGAUGUAAGUGUUGCAUGUUUCGAAAGUUGUUUAUUUAUUCAUGAUAAAAAGUUUAUUCAAGAUAAAAAGUCUGCUUUGUAUACUUUGAAUCUGACUGUAUUUUGGAGCUCGAAGAGAGGCAACAUUUGCCGCACACAGAGACCUGUUUUCAUGAACGAAAUGUGUAGGGCUAUGUGUACAUGUAGUUGUCAUAUAUAUAUAUAUAUAUAUAUAUAUAUAUAUAUAUAUAUAUAUAUAUAUAUAUAUAUAUAUAUAUAUAUAUAUAUAUAUAUAUAUAUAUAUAUAUAGAUCUAGAAGGAACACAAAAAAAUCGUUAAGUUUUGACAUAAUACAGUUAGCCAGUCUUCUGUGUAGAGGUAAGUUUGAACGUGAUACACACAUUUAAAUAAUAGCUUGGAAUAUUUCUAUACAACAAAAUUGAACUCAUUUUUUUAUUCACUGGUAACCAUAGGGGACAGGCCAUAGGGGACAGACCAUAGGGGACAGACCAUAGGGGACAGAACAUAGGGGACAGGCCAUAGGGGACAGACCAUAGGGGACAGACGACAGACCAUAGGGGACAGACCAUAGGGGACAGGCCAUAGGGGACAGACCAUAGGGGACAGACCAUAGGGGACAGACCAUAGGGGACAGGCCAUAGGGGACAGACCAUAGGGGACAGACCAUAGGGGACAGACCAUAGCGCAUCUCGCACGACCAGGCUUUCACUUAACUCAUUUAAAUCUUUUGGCUAUCACCAUUUACUAUGCAUACGUCUCUUGCAUCAGCCGUCACUUUCUUUUUAAACUGUGCGUGUGUAUUCUCUUGCAUCAGCCGUCACUUUCUUUUUAAACUGUGCGUGUGUAGUCUCUUGCAUCAGCCCUCACUUUCUUUUGAAACUGUGCGUGUGUAGUCUCUUGCAUCAGCCCUCACUUUCUUUUGAAACUGUGGUGUGUAGUCUCUUGCAUCAGCUCUCACUUUCUUUUGAAACUGUGCGUGUGUAGUCUCUUGCAUCAGUCCUCACUUUCUUUUGAAACUGUGCGUGUGUAGUCUCUUGCAUCAGCCCUCAAUUUCUUUUUAAACUGUGCGUGUGUAGUCUCUUGCAUCAGUCCUCACUUUCUUUUGAAACUGUGGUGUGUAGUCUCUUGCAUCAGUCCUAAAUUUCUUUUUAAACUGCUCGUGUGUAGUCUCUUGCAUCAGUCCUCACUUCCUUUUGAAACUGUGCGUGUGUAGUCUCUUGCAUCAGCCCUCACUUUCUUUUUAAACUGUGCGUGUGUAGUCUCUUGCAUCAGCCCUCACUUUCUUUUGAAACUGUGCGUGUGUAGUCUCUUGCAUCAGCCCUCACUUUCUUUUGAAACCUUGGUGUGUAGUCUCUUGCAUGAGCCCUCACUUUCUUUUGAAACUGUGCGUGUGUAGUCUCUUGCAUCAGCCCUCACUUUCUUUUUAAACUGUGCGUGUGUAUUUUCUUGCAUCAGCCCACACUUUCUUUUUAAACUGUGCGUGUGUAGUCUCUUGCAUCAGCCCUCACUUUCUUUUGAAACUGUGCGUGUGUAGUUUCUUGCAUCAGCCCUAACUUUCUUUUGAAACUGUGCGCGAGCAGUUUUUAAAUAAACCAAUGAAUACCAUUAUUUGUUUGAAAAUAGCUAAUUAUUUAUUCUACUAUGUCAGUUUCUAUAGACUCUCCAUAGCAAGUGUUU